UCAAGUGUCAAACCUGAAACUCGUUGGGUAAUCAUUUCAUCAAGAUCAACUUGAAUGAGCAGGUGAAUAGUUUUUGUAAGAGGAAUCUGCUAUGACUGAGUUCUACAAGAGCAUGUAACAAGAGAACUUUUCCUAGUCCUGGGUUCAUGGAAGAUUUUCCUGAGAAAGGAAAUUUGAGCUGAGAUUUGAAAGCCAGGAUGUGUAGAGCAACUCAAACUUUUUUCUUGCCAACUUCUACUUCUUUUGAUUCUACAAAAGAAACUAUGUCUCCAGCAGCCCCUAAAGCCCAGGAGUCCAGUGAAUCGUCAGACAGACUCAUGACCAGUAAACAGCAGGAAGAAGCAGAAUGGGAAAGCAUAAAUGUGCUGUUGAUGACACAUGGCUUAAAACCUUUGUCCCUAGUCAAAAGAACAGAUCUAAAAGAUCUCGUCAUUUUUGACAAACAGUCAUCACAAAGAAUGAGACAAAAUUUGAAAACAUUGGUGGAAGAUACAGCACGUCAACAGAACAUGAUACGGGAACUCAUAGAAACUAAUCAGCGGCUUAAAAAUGAACUUCAGCUAGAACAAAGCCGAGCAGCAGAUCAGGAACAACAAGCUAAUGACUUGGAACAAAUUAUGGAGAGUGUAAGAUCCAAAAUUGGUGAAUUGGAGGAUGAAUCCCUAAAUAGGGUUUGCCAACAACAGAAUAAAAUAAAAGAUCUUCAAAAGGAGCAUAAAGCUUUACAGGCAAAAUGCCAGCAUUACAAGAAAAGACGAAUGGAGCAACAAGAUACUAUUGCUUCUUUGCAAAAGUAUGUCUAUACAAAAGAAGAAGAAGAACGCAUUGUCACUCAAAACAGAGUGUUUGCCUGUCUCUGCAAAAGAGUUCCUCAUACCAUCUUGGAUAGACAGUUGCUUUGCUUGAUUGAUUAUUAUGAAACUAAAAUUAGAAAAUUUUAUAAGCAAAGGCAAUAUAAAGAAGAUGAAAGUCAGUCAGAAGAAGAAAACAACUAUAGAAGUCUGGAUGCCUCACCAAGUUAUAAAGGCCUUCUCAUAUCAUUACAGAAUCAACUUGAGGAAUCAAAAUCCAAGAUUGAUAAACUUUUAAGUGAAAAGCUGAACCUCCAAAAAGAUUUGGAAACCAGGCCCACACAGCAUGAAUUAAGACUUUAUAAACAACAGGUGAAGAAACUGGAGAACGCCCUUAAGAAAAACAUCAAAUUACAGGAGUUUAUCAGCCCAAAAAAGGCUGAGGACACAGAGAAAAAAGAUGAGCCCAGCAAAGAUACUCAGUCACAGGCCCUAAUCGACCAGAGAUACUUUCAGGUCAAUUGUUUUUAUCUUCUGGAAAGCCCCUUUUCGGAAAGGGGUCCCUCCUGGCAACACCCAAUACAGGCAGCCAUUUUAUUUUACUUAAUCCUAAGCCUACCCUAUCUCUUGCCUCACCCAUACUUCUGCAAAGCAGUGUGGCAAGAAGUUGUGCUCUGUUUCAUUAUUCUUUUUGCUCCACCUUCUCUGCUAGUCCUCUGCUACUUCUGGCUUCUCCAGAGUUCUCAGUGA